AAUGACUUGUUUUUGUGCGCACUCGUUAGAAUUUUUCAUUUGAAAAGAAAUAUUAUUGAAUAAAUUAAAUGAUUGUUUUUAGAUUUAAUACGAUCUAAAAUAAAAACAACAUUAGAAAACAAUACGAAAAAACGCAAUAAAAAGUUAAAAGCGACGGAGUUUUGAAGUGGUUUAGAAUACAAAAAUUUAAUUUAAAUAUAUUUUGUAACCGAAAACCUGUGGAUAUUUUGGUUACAAAACGAAUACAAAUUCACCCGUUUAAUAUAAAAAAUAAAAUAUGUGCCAAUUUAAUUAAAACAUGUAUUAUUAUUAGCAAUAAUCAAACAUAAAUCAAUCAAUAGUGAAAACAAAAUAAUCAAAAUUUUUGAACGACAAAAAAAGGUGAUAAGAAUUGAUAAAAAUUAUAGAAAAAAAAUAAAUAAGCAAUAUAAAAUUUUGAAAUUACUUAAAACAAAAAGUGUUUUUGUGUAUACUGUGAUCCAGAAAAAAAAGGCAAAUUAAUAACCUGUAACCGGUUAUUAAACGAAAUACCCGGUAUUGUAACGCAAAAAUGAUGGACAUUAGCAGCAUGUACGGCAAUCAUCAUCCUCAUCAUUCUAAUACUUAUCACACUGGAGCUGCUGGUGUGCCAGACAUGACCACUGUUGCUGCUGCCAAUGCGUACCCCAAUGCAUAUUUUCCAAACUCAUCGGUCAUGACACAUGGGGCUUUACAUCAUCAGCAAAAUCAUCAUCUAAAUAGUGGCUACACCGCUUAUGAUGGAUCGUCGCCAAACUACUAUCAACAACAGCAACAACAACACCAGCAACAACAACAGCCCCAACAACUAACACCACCUCCCAGUCAACCAUCGGUCCAGGGACAGCCAUUAUAUUCCCAUUCUCAUUCACAUUUGUUUAGUCCUACCGCAGCUGAAUAUGGUAUUACCACUUCCAAUACCUUGGCCGCUGCUACACCUUCACAUCCCUCCAAUACCAGUCACUCGCCCAGCGAAGCGGUUUACUAUGAAAAUGACUCAGUACAUGCUUAUUACGCUACUGCUGCUGUGGCCACAGUUCCACCAGCCACUAAUAGUUCUCCCGUUACUGCUGCCAAUGCUGCUCAAAAUGUUCCUAUGGAUCCAGCCAUUAUUAGUUCGGAAAAUGGUUUAAGCUACACCAACUUGGAUUGUUUGUACAAUCAAAACUCUCCCCAUCAUCAGCAUUCCAAUCCAAGCACCUACCUGCCAGCUGAAGAGAAAUACGCUUCAGUUUUACAUUCACAAUACAAUAUGGAUGACACACUAAUGCAUUUGACUGCCAGUGCGAAUAAUACACAAAAUCAACAGCACUCUCCGCAAUUAUGGUCUCAUCAACAUCAUAUGAAUGCUACCUAUGCCAACGCAUUGGACUCCAGCAGUCUACCUAUGGAUUCAUAUAAUAUGAAUCCCCACUUACACCCUCACAGUAUGCCCCAACAUUUAACAGCCCACAGUCAGGGCAACCCACCUUUGGUUGGCCAACAGCAAUCAUUGCCACAACACCAAUCACCACCCAACAUGACUUGUGUCAAUCAAAAUUCACGAUCACAAAAUGUAGUAUCACCUGGUGGCACCACCACCACUUCCACGGCAUCUACAUCAUCUGUGACCAGUACGUCGGGUUCGAAUGGGGGAAAUUCCAAUAACAAUAAUACAACGCAAGCCAAAUCUCCAAGUCAUGGCAAUAAUUUGCCCACCUACAAGUGGAUGCAAUUGAAGAGAAAUGUACCGAAACCACAAGCACCAAAACUACCUGCCACUUUGCAUGAUUAUCAUCAUCUGAAUGGUCAAGCCACAUUGGAUGCAAUGUGUCGCAAUGCUUCAACAGCUGGCGGCGUAUUGGCGGCCCAUCAAAUGGGUGGACAAGGUACCCCAACAGUUUUACUUUCGGGCAGUCAUAGUCCCAGCAGUAUGGUACAAAUGUCUUGCGGUUUAGCGGCCACCAAUAAUUCGGGACGUACAAAUUUCACCAACAAACAAUUAACCGAAUUGGAAAAAGAAUUUCAUUUCAAUCGUUAUUUGACACGAGCGAGACGUAUAGAAAUUGCUAAUACUUUGCAACUGAAUGAAACACAGGUUAAAAUUUGGUUUCAAAAUCGUCGCAUGAAACAAAAGAAACGUGUUAAAGAGGGUCUUAUACCAGCCGAUAUAUUAACUCAGCACACUGUUACCACCACAACAACCUCACCUCCUGCUAUUAACUCCACCACUUCACCAGUGACAUCAGCUGCCAACCACCAAAAUAAUGCCAAAAAUCUGGCCACUUCUAAAUGUACAAACACCAGCAGCAAUAACAAUAAUGUUAAUAACAGCAGCUGUAAGUCAACAGCAACCCCUACAUUAACUGAAUGUCAGUUGGCAAUGCAGCAUAACAGUGAUAACAGUCGAGAGUCAAUGUAAAAAGUACACAACACAAUAAAUUAUAUCACGGGGCUGCAAAGAUUCUUCGGCAAGGAGGAGGAGGAGUCCUAUGGAGGACUAAUACUUUUUAUAUUCAGCACCAAAAUAAUGAGGCUUAUUGAAAUUUUUCACUCGACAUGUCACACGCCGAUUCUGGAUUCUUAUAUCAGAAAUGUUUCUAUUUAAAAUUAUUGAAAACGUCCGUCUGAUUCCGAUUUGUAUACCUCAAAUAUUCGUAGAUUCAGUAAAUCUUCGAAAUAAAUUGAUGUGAGGACAGCUCUAUACCUUUCUCGAACUUCCUACGUUCGAAAAUAUAUUGUCGCUUCUAACACAUAUUCCUAGGCAGAAUGCAACUAUUUCGGUAAAGACGGUAAACAUUAUAAUGUCUUAUAUUUUGGUGUAAAUUGUAUAAGAUUCGAUACAGUCGAUAAAAAAUGCUUGUAAUUAACUCUUAAAAUUUCGAGAAAUGUUACAAUCCGAAAUUUUUUGUAGUCCUGUAUAAUGAAAAAAUUAAAUAUUUAGUUAUCUCUCUCUCUCUCUCUAAAUUGCCAAAUGACAAAUGAAAUUUAAUUUUAACAAAAUACAAUAAUUUGCUCAUUUGGCUGUGAUAAAAAAAAAAAAUUAACAAACUACAUUUUAAUAAAAAAAAGAUCUUAAAUCAAAAAACAAACCUAAUAUCAAAUCAAUCAAUAUGUACAUAAAUUACUUGAUAAUUAAGAAAUAAUAAUUUAUAGAUAUAAAAAAUAGCUGAAAUUAAAAUAAAAAACUUAAAAACAGAGAUAAAAGUGUAUCAAAACAAACUCAGGGUUCUUUUUACAUAAACAAAAGAAAAAACAAAAAUAUUAAAAAAUUAAGUAAAAUAAAUUUAAACCGACAAGUAGUUCUAGUAUUUAAUAAAAUAAACUAAAUUUUAAUCAAAAAAAUUAAACCUAAAUUCAGUGAUGGAAAAGAAUUAAUUCAUAUACAUUACAUAGCUAAAAGAAAAUACAUAAUGCAAUAAAUGUAAAAUUAAUUCAAAAAGUCUUUGUUUUAGCUUGAAAAUAAGAAAGAGUUUGAAUUCUUAUUUAAAAACACGAUGUAUAUUAUUAGCUCUUUUCCAUCUCUGAUCUAACUAACACAAGUUUCCAAUCACUUUUUUCCCUCAAUUUUAAGUUUUCCUUCAACUUAUAAUUUUUAUAAAAAUUGCCACAAAAAAAAGACAAACUAAAUAAAUUUAAUUCUAAUUACGCUCACUAGCAAAAAUGUUGUCCAACUCGUUUUAAGUUUCAAAUUGUAAAUUAUUUUGUUGUA